ACCCCGGCACCUGCCAACAUGGAAGGUGGUGACGGCGGCGUCGCUGUAGCUGGACAAGGGGCUCUGGGUUCUGGGGCGGCGACAGCGGCAGUCUGGGAGCUUCUGCAGGACGAGUGUUAUAGUGAUUUUUUAAAUGAAGACUUUGAUGUAAAGACUUAUACUUCCCAGUCAAUUCAUCAGGCUGUAAUUGCUGAACAACUAGCAAAACUUGCCCAAGGAAUCAGUCAGUUGGAUAAAGAACUACACCUACAGGUUGUUGCAAGACAUGAAGAUUUACUAGCACAAGCAACUGGGAUUGAGUCUUUGGAAGGUGUUCUUCAGAUGAUGCAGACAAGAAUUGGAGCUUUACAGGGAGCUGUUGAUAGGAUGAAAGCAAAAAUCGUGGAACCAUACAAUAAAAUAGUAGCCAGGACUGCACAACUCGCAAGACUUCAGGUUGCCUGUGAUUUGCUUCGGAGAAUAAUUCGCAUCUUAUAUCUCACUAAGAGACUCCAAGGACAACUGCAAGGGGGGAGUAGAGAGAUAACAAAAGCUGCUCAGAGUCUUAAUGAACUUGAUUAUCUUUCUCAAGGAAUAGAUCUUUCUGGAAUAGAAGUAAUAGAAAAUGAUCUACUUUUCAUUGCAAGAGCUCGACUUGAAGUGGAAAAUCAAGCUAAGCGCCUACUGGAACAGGGUGUAGAGACGCAGAAUCCAACCCAAGUCGGAACAGCUCUUCAGGUUUUCCAUAAUCUUGGAACUUUGAAGGAUACGAUUACCAAUGUUGUGGAUGGAUAUUGUGCUACUUUAGAAGAACAUAUCAACAGUGCGUUAGACAUCAAAGUUCUGACUCAGCCUUCGCAGUCAGCUGUGAGAGGGGGACCUGGACGAUCUACUUUGCCAACCCCAGGAAACACUGCAGCUUUUCGUGCUUCCCUCUGGACCAAUAUGGAGAAACUUAUAGAUCAUAUUUGUACUGUUUGUGGACAGGUACAACAUCUACAAAAAAUAUUAGCCAAGAAGAGAGAUCCUGUUUCUCAUAUUUGUUUCAUUGAAGAAAUAGUUAAGGAUGGACAAUCUGAAAUUUUGUACACUUUUUGGAAUUCAGUUACUCAAGCACUUUCUUCUCAAUUUCGCAUGGCAACAGAUUCUUCUAUGUUUUUGAAACAGGCAUUCGAAGGAGAAUACCCUAAAUUAUUACGUCUUUAUAAUGACUUAUGGAAGCGUCUUCAACAAUACAACCAAAAUAUUCACGGAAAGUUUAAUGCGAGUGGAACUACAGACCUCUAUGUUGACCUACAACACAUGGAAGAUGAUACACAAGACAUAUUCAUACCAAAAAAGCCAGAUUAUGACCCAGAAAAGGCUUUGAAAGACUCACUGCAACCCUAUGAAGCUGCUUAUUUAUCGAAAUCUUUAUCUCGACUCUUUGAUCCUAUCAACUUGGUUUUUCCCCCUGGUGGUCGCAAUCCUCCUUCCGCAGAUGAACUUGAAGGUAUCAUUAAAACUAUAGCAAGUGAACUAAAUGUAGCUGCGGUAGAUGCAGACCUCACAUUAGCCGUGUCAAAAAAUGUGGCAAAGACCGUCCAGUUAUACGGUGUAAAAUCGGAGCAGCUUCUCUCCACACAAGGAGAUGCAAGCCAGGUGAUUGGGCCUCUUACAGAAGGGCAGAGAAGAAACGUGGCAGUAGUGAAUUCACUGUAUAAGUUGUACCAAUCAGUAACAAAGGUGGUUUCCAGUCAGAGCUCAUUCCCACCAGCAGCUGAGCAAACUAUAAUCUCAGCCCUAAAGACAAUCCAUGCUCUUAUGGGAAGCGCUGUACAGCCCUUACUGACUUCAGUGGGAGAUGCCAUAGAGGCGAUAAUCAUCACUAUGCAUCAAGAAGAUUUUUCUGGGUCACUAUCCAGCUCAGGAAAGCCUGAUGGUCCUUGUUCUCUGUACAUGAAGGAGCUUCAGGGUUUCAUUGCCAGAGUUAUGAGUGACUACUUUAAACACUUUGAAUGCUUGGAUUUUGUCUUUGACAACACUGAAGCUAUCGCCCAAAGAGCAAUUGAACUUUUUAUCCGCAAUGCCAGUCUCAUAAGACCUCUUGGUGAAGGUGGGAAAGUACGACUUGCUGCUGAUUUUGCUCAGAUGGAGUUGGCUGUGGGUCCAUUCUGCAGAAGAGUAUCUGAUCUAGGAAAGUCCUAUCGAAUGCUGAGGUCAUUCAGACCCCUGCUCUUCCAGACGAGCGAACAUGUGGCCAGUAGCCCCGCCUUGGGGGACAUUAUUCCCUUCAGCAUCAUUAUUCAGUUUUUGUUUACCAGAGCACCUGCUGAGCUGAAAUCUCCUUUUCAGAGGGCAGAAUGGUCCCACGCACGCUUCUCCCAGUGGCUAGAUGACCAUCCAUCUGAAAAGGACCGGCUCCUCCUCAUCAGGGGAGCUCUGGAAGCUUAUGUUCAAUCAGUGAGAAGUAGAGAAGGCAAAGAAUUUGCACCAGUUUAUCCCAUAAUGGUUCAACUGCUUCAGAAAGCCCUGUCUACUCUUCAGUAACAACGUUAAGUGGUUCUCAAUCUCCCUUUUGCGCGAACCCAAGGUUGGCAGUUAACCUAAGAAACACAUACUCUAAAAGCCAGCUACCAUCCACUAUUUUAAGAAUGUAAUCAACCUCUCUGUACUUCCUGUUGAUCUUCUCCUUACCUCUCGAGCCCCUCUCCCUUAAGUAAAAAUGUCAAAAUAGAUUCAUCACUACCUUCAAACUCCGUGGACCUGAUUUUUCCAGAAAGAUACCCAACUCUUUUUUCUUUCAGGAUUUUUUUUUUUUUAGGAGAGUAGCUAAAAUUUCUUUCCCAUGAGAGUCCCCCUCUGUAUACACACACACCCUAAGUUCCCGUUGCUUUAUAACCAAGUUAUAAAUACCCUGCUGCUCCCAAUUAACCUUUGCCCUCACUACGUAAGUGUGUAGCCCAGUGGUUUCCAAAUUUGACUGCACAUUAGGGUCACUGGUGGAAAGCUUUUGAAAAUCCUGAUGCCCAGUGCACACCCCGUGUUGACACAUCUGGGGGUAGGGCCAGGCAUCCGUUUUUGAAAAUAUCCCCGGGUGUUUCCAGUAUGCAGCCAAGUCUGGGAACCACCGGUAUCUCCCAAAGCUAAGACAUAGGCUCAUAUGUUAAGUAUGUCUUACUGUAUCUGUAAUAAAGACAGAGCAAGGCUGUCUUUAUCCUCUGUGUGUCAUUCUAUUAAAAGCAGACUU